GAGUAUUCACUUUCUGUCACAGCAGCAGCAGCAGCAGCACCGGCAGUAGCAGCAACACACUCCUCUCCUCUCCUCUCCUCUCGCGCUUCACCUUCACACUCCGGACCGUCUCCAUCCCGCAGACAUGGACCUGGAGCUGCUGGUGCACGCUGCGCUCUCGCUCCCUACCCUCCGCGUGUUUCAGCUCUAGCUGAGCGCUCGCAGAGGGAAAGGACGGAGACUGUUUUUUUAUUUAGCCGCUCGCUGAGACAUCACUUUGAAGGAGAGAGGAAGAAGAGAGAGAGAGAAAACACGCACACACACACACACACAGAGAGAGGACCACACAGUCGUGACAGCAGAGGCUGUUUCAGGAUAUCGAGUUUUUUGUGUGUGCGUCCUCCAUCAUGGCGAGUGACUCUCCGGCGAGAAGUCUGGACGAGAUCGACCUCUCCGCUUUGAGGGAUCCUGCUGGCAUCUUUGAGCUGGUGGAGCUGGUGGGAAACGGCACCUAUGGACAGGUUUACAAGGGUCGCCAUGUUAAGACCGGGCAGCUGGCAGCCAUCAAGGUCAUGGAUGUCACAGGGGAUGAGGAAGAGGAGAUCAAAGCUGAAAUCAACAUGUUGAAAAAGUACAGCCACCACCGCAACAUCGCCACCUACUACGGAGCGUUCGUCAAGAAAAACCCUCCCGGCAUAGACGACCAGCUCUGGCUGGUGAUGGAGUUCUGUGGAGCCGGCUCAGUCACAGACCUGAUCAAGAACACCAAGGGCAACUCUCUGAAAGAAGAGUGGACCGCUUACAUCUGCAGAGAGAUUCUCAGGGGUCUGACUCAUCUCCACCAGCACAAAGUCAUCCACAGAGACAUCAAGGGACAGAACGUCCUGCUGACGGAGAACGCAGAGGUCAAACUAGUGGACUUUGGUGUUUCAGCCCAGUUGGACAAAACAGUAAGCAGGAGGAACACGUUUAUUGGGACGCCAUAUUGGAUGGCGCCGGAGGUUAUUGCCUGUGAUGAGAACCCGGAAGCCACAUACGACUUCAAGAGUGAUUUAUGGUCACUGGGAAUCACGGCAAUAGAGAUGGCAGAAGGAGCACCACCUCUGUGCGACAUGCAUCCAAUGAGAGCCCUCUUCCUCAUCCCGCGUAACCCUGCCCCCAGACUCAAGUCAAAGAAAUGGUCAAAGAAGUUCCAGUCAUUCAUAGAGAACUGUCUGGUGAAGAGCCACGACAAGAGACCCAGCACAGACCAGCUCCUCAAACACCCAUUCAUCAGGGACCUGCCCAAUGAAAGGCAGGUCCGCAUCCAGCUGAAGGACCACAUCGAUCGCACCAAGAAGAAGAGGGGAGAGAGAGAUGAGACAGAGUACGAGUACAGUGGCAGUGAAGAGGAGGAUGAAGAAAGAGACAUGGGUGAACCAAGCUCCAUCAUCAACAUCCCAGGAGAGUCGACCCUGAGGCGGGACUUCCUGCGCCUCCAGCUGGCCAAUAAGGAGCGCUCGGAAGCGCAGCGGCGGCAGCAGCUGGAGCAGCAGCAGAACGAGGAGCACAAGCGCUUACUGUUAGCCGAGAGACAAAAACGCAUAGAGGAGCAGAAGGAGCAGAGGAGGCGACUAGAGGAGCAGCAGCAGCGAGAGCGAGAGCUGAGGAAGCAGCACGAGAGGGAACAGAGGAGGCGCUACGAGGAAAUGGAGCAGCUCCGCAGAGAGGAGGAGAGGAGGCACGCAGAGAGAGAACAGGAGUAUAAGCGCAAACAGGUAGAAGAGCAGCGGCAGGCGGAGCGGCUACAGAGGCAGCUCCAGCAGGAGAGAGCCUACCUGGUGUCUCUACAGCAGCAGCAGCGGGAGGGAAGUCAAGCUGAGAAGAAACAGCUUUACCAUUACAAGGAUAUCAUCAAUCCUAAUGACAAGCCUGCCUGGGCUAAAGAGGUCCCGAAGCAGCAGCAGCAUGGUCAGGGUAACCCACCCCGCCCUCAGCUACGACAUCAUCAGUCAUUCUGUCAACCAGCUUCAUCCACUGGCUUUCACGGCCAACCCAGAGCUCAAGCACCUAGGCGAACCCCGUCUCACGCUGCCCAGCUCCUCUCCAACAACCUACCCCAAAUCCGCAUUUCAUUAGACCAAGCCGAACCCCUAGAUCCAGGGUUGAAGCAGGAGAUAAGCCAGCAGGUCAGGGAAUUUAGGGCUCAGAGACUCAGUCGUAGGAGCUGCAGCCCAGGGUCCAUUCAGGAGCAAAACCAGGACGCUGGCCAAGGGCCUAGUAGGGGGCCUAGUAAGAUUCAUAAAGAGCUUUCUAGUCCAGGGCAAGUCAGUCAGUCCAAUCAAGUACCAAACCCUUAUUCUCCCAGUAAUCAGAAAGAGAGGCCAAGAGACAGGCCUCUCUCUGCCCCCAGUCAGGGAGCCAUCCAUGGGCUAAUGUCUCCAGACCCUCAUCCUAAAGCCCUUCAAGCUCAUCCUCAGUCCCCAGGACAGGUCCAGAAACUUCAGUCUGGACCUUUCCCUGUUACCAACCCUGUGGUCAAACUGGUGGAGGAGCGAUCUAAGCUGAACAGACAGAGCUCCCCAGCGCUGCAGCACAAAGUGUCCAACCGCAUCUCCGACCCCUCCCUCCCUCCCCGCUCCGAGUCCUUCAGCAGCGGGGGCAUGCAGCCCGCCUGCACCCCACCUAUCCACCGCUCCAUCGAACCACAGAUGGCUCACCUGGUCCCUGUGAAGACCCACUCCAGCUCCAUGUCUGGCUCUCAGUCCCUGCAAGACCAGACAGGCUCGGCUAUGAGUGAGGGCAUCGGCGUUGGCUCCCCGAGGCCUGAUAUGCCCCGCCAGAACUCGGACCCAACUUCUGACACCCCAGGAGCCCCGCUGCGGGUCACAGGACGGGAGGAUCGGGAUCGGGACAGAGACAGGGACAGGGAUCGGGACAGGACAGCUUGGCUAAGAGAGGAAGAUCUUCCACCCAAGGUUCCACAAAGGACCACUUCCAUCUCCCCGGCUUUGGUCAGGAAAAAUUCCCCUAAUGGAGGAGUGGGUCUGGGCCCUCGCACAGGCUCUCAGCUCAUACGAGCCAGUAACCCAGACCUGCGGCACUCCGAGCUCUCUCUGGACGCCAUGCUGCAAAGAACUUCCUCCAACUCAUCAUCCUCCUCUUCCCCUUCAUCUCAGGGAGGCUCAUCCGAAAGGAGAGGUCAAGCCAAGCAGGAAGGAUCCCCUCCUGGAGCCAAUCAGGAGUUGAAACCCAAACAAGAGGAGGGCCGUGAGUCAGCCAGACCCAGCAGACCAGCUGACCUAAGUGCUUUGGCUAAGGAGCUCAGAGAAUUAAGGGUAGAGGAGGGCAGCAGACCUCCAGUCAAGGUGACGGAUUACUCGUCCUCUAGUGACGAUUCAGAGAGCAGCGAUGAUGACGGGGAGACGGUGGGACACGAUGGGACAGUUGCUGUUAGCGACAUUCCUCGCAUCAUGCCGGCAGUGCAGAGCAGCAGCGAGUCCUACGGAGGGCUGACAGAGGACUCUCUGGGUGAUGCCUAUAAUAGCUCCAAGGACGGCACUUUAGUGGUGAGAGAGGCAGAGGAGAGGAGGAGAGGUGGUCACACAGAGAGUAAUGGGUUCAGCAAUCAUGGUAACCUUCCUGACCUCGUGCAGCAGAGCAACUCUCCCUCCGCCACACCAACCUCAGCCCUGCAGGAACUUGGAGAGAUGGCUGAGUUUGGUAUAGGCGGGUCCAAAGCAUCCUUCACCCCAUUUGUAGAUCCACGUGUCUAUCAAACUUCCCCCAGUGAGGAUGACGAUGAAAACUCAGCAGAAGGCAUGUUUGCCAGUGAGUUGCUGAGGCAGGAGCAGGCCAGACUGAACGAAGCCAGAAAAAUCUCUGUGGUUAAUGUCAACCCUACAAACAUCAGACCUCACAGUGACACACCGGAGAUCCGCAAAUACAAGAAACGCUUCAACUCUGAGAUCCUGUGUGCUGCACUCUGGGGUGUGAAUCUGCUGGUGGGGACAGAGAAUGGCCUCAUGCUGCUGGACAGAAGUGGACAGGGAAAAGUCUAUAAUCUGAUCACCAGAAGGCGCUUCUUACAGAUGGACGUGCUGGAGGGGCUCAAUGUGCUGGUCACCAUAUCUGGGAAAAAGAAUAAGUUGCGUGUCUACUACUUGUCCUGGCUGAGGAACAGAAUAUUACACAACGACCCAGAAGUGGAGAAGAAGCAGGGUUGGAUUACAGUUGGGGAGCUGGAGGGCUGCGUGCAUUACAAAGUCGUAAAAUAUGAAAGGAUCAAGUUCCUGGUCAUUGCUCUGAAGAACUCUGUGGAAAUCUAUGCCUGGGCUCCCAAACCUUACCACAAGUUCAUGGCCUUUAAGUCAUUCACCGAGCUGCAGCAUCGUCCCCAGUUGGUUGAUCUGACGGUGGAAGAAGGGCAGAGGUUAAAGGUCAUCUAUGGCUCCAGUGUGGGAUUCCAUGUCAUUGACGUGGACUCCGGCAACCCUUACGAUAUUUACAUCCCCUCACAUAUCCAGAGCCAGGUGACGCCUCAUGCCAUCGUGGUGCUUCCUAAGACUGAUGGAAUGGAGAUGCUGCUGUGUUACGAGGAUGAGGGCGUCUACGUCAACACCUAUGGCCGAAUCACCAAGGACGUGGUGCUACAGUGGGGAGAGAUGCCUACGUCUGUUGCCUAUAUCCAUUCUAAUCAGAUCAUGGGGUGGGGUGAGAAAGCCAUAGAAAUCCGCUCUGUGGAGACGGGUCAUCUGGAUGGAGUCUUUAUGCACAAGAGAGCCCAGAGGCUCAAGUUCCUUUGUGAGCGGAAUGACAAGGUUUUCUUUGCAUCGGUGCGUUCCGGAGGUAGCAGCCAAGUUUUCUUCAUGACCCUCAACAGAAACUCUAUGAUGAACUGGUGAUGAGUCGUGCCACCGUCCACUCUGCCUCACUCUCCCAUUGGCUGGACCUGCGACACACCUCGGCCACAUCUCACUAAAAGGAACCCGACCGACCAACCGAGAUGCCACAAGAGAACUCUUUGAACACCAGAGAGACUUUAACAGUGUAGAAAAAAGAGAUAUCGUAGUGAAAAACAACAAAGACUUCUUCUAAAUAGAGAGACGUGUUAUUUAGAUUACUUCGGGUCGUGCAGAAGCCAUCAACUGACUGGCAAACUGGUGCCACUGACUUUCCAAAUAUUCCUCCUUUUUCUGUCCCCGUCUGGAACUCUUUCCUCUUUUCGUCCAGUGCGUUCAAGUGUUCAACCUGUCUCUUUCUGUCUCUUCUCCUCCUAAUCCUCUACUCCUUUCUCUCCUUCCAUCCUGCUUGAUCUAGUCAUCACUUUCUCAAUCCUUUGACACCCAUGUCCUCCAUUUUCUUCACUUUCUAUCUGCGGUGUGUGGCAGAAUUACACCUCAGAGGUCGGGGAAAAAAAGAUGAAUGAGAUUUAAUAUAAAUUUAAAUGUGAUUCUGAAUAAGACAGUGUAGGGAGGACAAAUCUAUUCUGGAUGGCAGACGGCCUGAUUGAUUUUAUUUCUCCCUCCUCCACUUCCUCCUCUCACUGUCUUUCUGAGUAAACUGAAUUGUGAUUUAAUUCGAUCGCAUAUCGCUGAUAGAGAUGCUGCGAGGAGCUGCUGCGAGGAGCUGCUCUCACAGGCGGGCGUUACAGUAUGCAAAGAUGAUGUCUGUGUCCCUUUAAAGUCACAUCUUUUCUUCUUCUAUUCUCUUUCCUUCCUUCUGUCAUCACCACUCAUCCCUCUGUUUCCACUCUGAAACUCUGAAGGUGCUGCAUCAGAUUUACUGUAAUAUUAAAUGAACAAUGAGAGCGUCAUUCUGUUCAUUUCUGUUCGUGUUCUUUCUCUCUGUGUGGCUGCGUCAGUCAGUCUCUGAAGCGUGAUGAAAUGUACAGCACAUCUGUGUCUCUGGAAUCAAGUGUGUGAGUGAGAGUGUGUGCGUAAAUGUGUGUGUGUUUGACUUGAUGUUGACAUGAAUCCCAUUCAAAUCAAGUUUGAAUCAAAGUGGGAUGUCAAAAAAAUCAACGUCCUGAAAAAGAGUGAAGUAGCUCAGUCUUUGUGCGUGAACUUUCACCUUAAAGCGAUCAAAGCAACGUUGAGUGUGUUUACAUGCAGGUUUAUCACAUGAUCUUCUUAGGAUGGAGUUUAUCAGUUGGUGUAUUUGAUCACCGAGCAUUUAAAAAUAGGCAAUAUUAGCGGUUCAUUUUUUUGGAGUGUGUUCCUUUCAGUAUUCUACAACACAGCCGUGUUGCUGUAGGGAUUUGAAUAUGCAUAUAAACGACGUAUCCUGAACACAACCUCAGCAGGAUACCAGCCUCUGUGCUGAAUACUGUGUGCAUUGCGGAUCGCUGUGGUGUCCUUUUUGAAUCAUGCUCCAGACUUGUUUGGUCCUUCUGAUUUUGGCUCCUAACUGUUUGUACAGUGCCUAGCAUGAUGUAAGCAAAACUGAAACAGAGGCCAAAAGAUUAACGCUCUCGUUCACUUCCUGAAUAAUCAUUUUAUUUUUGUGUUAUUAUCUCACUUUAACACAUUGCUGAUAUCUGUCUCUUUUCAUAGAGGUGCACAUUAACAACAGACAUGACCUGAUAUUAUUUUUGAAAGAUAAACCUUGCCAAUUUCUUUUAAAGAUGCGUAGUUCAGCUCAAUCGUUUAUUAAAACUGUAUUUAAUGAAUAACACUAUGACGGAUGGGCUUGUUUUUGCAUAGUGAUCCAUGUUGGAGAGCACUGUAACGCAGAAUUUUUUUCCUGGUGGGUACACUGUAGUUACAAACCUAAAGUGAGACACAAAAACACCCUCCCUGUUAUCAUUUAUUCUGUUCUAUUAUUAAAAGUUUUAUAUUUUCAGGACUUUUUUACACAUCCACACUGUAGCUGUUCCUGUGCAGCUGUAACUUAGGUUCGCUGAUCUCCGUCACAGGGAGCAGGCUAACAUUUUAGCAAUAAAGAGCCGAGCUGAAGAAACCACCGUCUUCCCUGUGUGUGUGUCUGUGUGUGUAUGUGUGUGUGUGUGUGUGUGUGUGUGUGUGUGUGUGUGCACGCAUGCAUGCAUGUGUGUGAUUAACUAAAAGAGCAAAGUGUGAAUGAGGCAUCAUUAAUACGUUUGUGGAUUUCACUCUUCCCAUGGGAAAACGCUCACAGUCAUUACACUGAGGACUCUCCUUUCAAAGAUGAAAACCACUGUAUUCUUUUCUCUGUUUAUUUCUCGUUUUCUUUAUUUUGAAAGAGCAUUACUAAUGUCCUGUUUUGGGAUUUAUUUGUUUUGUAAAAGAGAUGCUGUAAGAGAGAAAUAAAUGAAACUAGAACAUUA